UUACUCAUUCAUUCAUUCUUCAGUCUCUCUUCCUCAAAAAAAGAAAAAAAAAAGAAAAGAAUAAUUUAAAACCAAAAAAAAUAGAAUAAUGGCAAGAGUUCAGCUAUUGUUAUGUUUCACCAUUCUUUUUGCAUCUGUGACCCUUCUGGACCUAGUAUCAGCACACCUGAAAUAUAAGCCAUCUUUGCCUCAAAUCGAAGAUCCAAAGACGGUGAAGGAUGUAGAGCCUUACACCGUUAAAGUAGUAAUGGUCUUUGUGGCGGACCUCGAGAAGGAAUGCCCGAAGACAAGUAAAUUCAAGGCCUUCUUUGAGAAACUUAGGGGAUUCGCCAAGUAUGUUUGCCCAAUAAGAAGAAGAGAUCAAGUAGAUUACGACCGAGACCUGAAGGCCAAAGCCGGGGGUGUCUUCAAGGCCAUAUCUUCUUUUGCUAUUGGAAAGAUUAGGGAGGAAAUUCAAGAGGAGAAAAUGGAAGCCAUUAAUACCUUUAGGUUUAUGAAAUCUGUCGCGGCUAAAAUUAUGGGCGGUCGUAAAAAAGAGGAGAGUGAAGAAACCAUGAAACUAACAGCAGAACAACAAAAGGAAAUCAAAGAAGGAAUCUUGAAAUGGGAAACAAUUAUUACUCGGAUCACAAACACAAUGGUAAUGAGCACAACCAAUUCUGCUUCCGGUGAAGAAUCUAGCGUUGGAAAAGAAACUUCAAGCAACAACAGCAAAAGCUCUGCUAGUGGAAGCAAAACAGGCUCUUCUUCCGGUGAAGAAUCUAACGUUGGACAAGAAGCUUCAAGCAACAAUAACAAAAGCUCUGGUAAAGAAAGUGAAACUUCCGCCAAAGGUGAAAGUGAGACUUCCACGAAAGGUAAAAGUGAGACUUCCGCCAAAGGUGAAAGUGAGACUUCCGCUAAAGGUAAAAGUGAGACUUCCGCUAAAGGUGAAAGUGAGACUUCAGCUAAAGGUGAAAGUGAGACUUCCGCUAAAGGUGAAAGUGAGACUUCUUCUUCAAAAACUGCUGGGGGAAGCUCAAAUGUCGAAGCUAGUCAGAGCAGCAGUGUAACCGUGACACAAGUCGAGGAAGAGACAUCAAAAGAUGUCUCGACAUUCAUAAUGAACCUCGAAAAGAAGUGUCCACAAAAGGAGGAAUUCAAGGUCUUCUUCGAGCAACUUAAGGGUACAAUGAUUGCUCCCCGCAAAGAAAGAAAAGGUUUGUUUUCUAGGAUUAAAUCUGCUGCUGGGAAACUAUCUGGUGCCAUGGCAGUUAUGCGGUCAAGAAUUGGAAGCAAAUCAGCUGAGGUAAAGAAGAAUAUGGAAGCUUACCAAGAACAAGUGAUGACGACUCUCCAAGAGUUAGAUACCAUCCACAGUCAAAUUGUGAGUCAGAACAAAGGCAAGGGUUCUAUGACAUGCACACCCGCACAACAAAUGCAGAUUAAGCAGACAAUCACCAAAUGGGAAAAAGUCACGACCCAAUUCGUUGAGGUUGCAGUUCAGAGCGAGUCGCAAUCGUCUUCCUCUUCUUCCUCUUCUUCUUCCUCUUCUUCCGGCAAGCUUCAGGCGAAUUAAACUCGAAUGACAAUAACUCACAAAAUGCCAUAACAACUAGCUAAUAAUUAAAUUUUUUUCUCUUGUAAAUAAAACCAAGAUAUGUAUAAGGCUAGCCAUAUAGAUAUAUCGACCGGCCUAUGCAAAGAAUAAUUUUGUAAAAUUAAGUAUAGAUUGAAAGCUCCUAUGUAUGUUAACAAACAUGCAUAAGUGAAUGAGAUCACGAAAAGUAUUUUUUGGUAAAAGAGGUUUCACACGAUUUGUUCAUCCUAUAGUUUACACGAUUGUAAGAAUC